GCUACCCAUAAGCAGCCAUGUACCAUAUGCUCAGGGAUAUUGCCAAAGCAGGUUGCAGGUGAUGUACGAUUAUUUGAUAUCGUGUGAACAAGGCUCAGCGGUGGUGUUCAGUGUAUUCACAUAUACAGAAUUAUUUUUCUGAUAUCAGAUAUUUAUAAAGGCCGUAUAGAAAACAGAUUCUUUCAGUACUUUUUAUGUGAAACUUGGAAAUGGGUCUGAAUUAUCCUCAAUGUGAUUGGAUUUUUACAAAUGCUUAUCUUCGAGCAUUUGCCCACAUGUUUAACGUCAGUAUCAGUGAGGCCGAUGAGAUUCUAAACGACGCGCUUGGACCUUGCGCACCACUUGCAUUUGACAAUCUCCCGAACUCGUACGUCACUAUCCUCAUAGUGCUGUACAGCAUUAUUAUGACGGUUGGGAUACUUGGUAACUUGUGCGUCAUAGUCGUAAUAUCGAGCAGUAGAAAACUAUGGAAAGUCGUCAACUUCUUGUUGUUAUCUCUCGCUUGCAGUGACUUGCUUUUGGCACUCACACUGCCGUGGACUAUCAUCCACAACACAUCAUACGACUACACGAUGGGCUCGGGGCUUUGUAAAGCCAUCCCUCCACUUCAGGGUACUGCUGUAAUGAGUUCUAUCAAUUGUCUGGUUGCAAUUGCGCUUGAGCGACAUCAAGCGAUUGUAUAUCCAACACGACAGAAUAUUUUUCGCUCACACUUAAGAUUAAUGAUAGCCGUUGCUCUAAUCUGGAUCUGCUCAUUCUGUUUUCAGAUUCCACAAAUCGUAGUACUAGAUGACGUCGUAUGGAAACAGAAAACACCGGUAAAACCCGCAACUGUUUGGUACGAGAUUACUGUCCAUACUUGUCAGGAGACAUGGGCGCCACAGCAAAGUCAGGCGUACUCAAUCGCCAUUAUUGUCAUCGUGUACGGAGUUCCACUUGCUUUGCUAGUGCUCCUAUAUGGCAGAAUAGGAUACUUCGUAUUUAGUCGACGGGGAAUUGAGAACUCAUUAUCCGCAGAACGUUCGGAAAGAAGUCGUUCUCGUCGCAUUCGGUUAAAUGUGAUGUUGGUGCUUCUGGUGACCAGUUUUGCCCUGUUAUGGGGGCCGUAUUUUGUCUUUCAGUGUCUUACAGUUUGUCUGACCAGUUACUGUAGUCCAGAAUUGGUCGGUUAUCUUCAGUUGGUGGGCCACGUCAAUGUAGCCCUUGAUCCAUUACUCUAUGCUGCUCUUCACGAGCGAGUGCGAGAGGAAUUUAUUUUUUUAGUAAGGCGUUUAUUUCGAUGCAAACUACAACCGGAUCGACGAGCAGCAUUCAGACCACCUAGCGCGACGUCACCUGCAAUACGUAACUUUCGUACCAACAAUAGACAAACUAUUUCAACACCUAGACCGGUCUACACACUCUCUGUGACCACGCACACCGAAAACCCAGGUUCCUCCAUUUCCCUCCGUCCCCUCGACAACAAUAAGUGUGAAGAUACAAAUGUAACAUCACACGAAGAAGUGAAACUUCCCGGCGCUACAACCGAUCCUUACACAUCUUCCCAAUAACAGAGUUCUUUUGAGAAGAUGAUUU